AUGAAACCUUUGCUAGUCGAACGAGUCUCGGGCACAUCCGCUAAUAUCCGAGUGCGUGAAUACAUUGUACAACAUUUUGAGGAUUUAGGAUGGCAUGUGGAACUUGAUGAGUUUACUGAUGCUACACCGUUUGGAGAAAAGCAGUUUGCCAAUAUUAUAGUGACGCAAAACCCCGACAAGCCAUCACGCCUAGUGCUGGCAGCUCAUUAUGAUUCCAUGUAUCAACCCGACUUUGAAUUUAUUGGUGCCACUGAUAGUGCCAUCCCCUGUGGUAUCUUGAUGAAUAUUGCCGAGACGCUGGAUGAUUUAUUAAGCGAUGGAUCAAUUCAUUAUCGCCAAAAGGACAAGACGGUCCAAAUGAUCUUCUUUGACGGCGAAGAGGCAUUUCAGCAAUGGGGACCUACUGACUCUAUCUAUGGAGCCCGACAUUUGGCAGAGAAAUGGGAGUCUAGCAUAGUUACACACCCUAAAAAAGUCAUGAAGAAUAGAUUGGAUCAAAUGGAAGUGCUCGUCUUGCUGGAUUUGCUAGGUACUCCCAAUGCCCAAUUCCCAAACUUUUAUAGAUCCACCAGCUGGUUAUUUUACAAAUUGAUUGGGAUAGAGAAUAGAUUAAAUAAUCAAUCCAUAUUGAAGACUGUCUCUUCAAAAACGGGUGAGCGUUUAAUUUCAAUGUUUAAUCCAAAUUCAUUCCUGACAUUUAUGGGAGAGGCCAUUGGUGAUGAUCAUGUACCGUUUUUAACGCGUGGUGUGAAUAUUUUGCACAUGAUUCCACAUCCCUUUCCAAGUGUCUGGCACAACCGAGGCGAUAAUGCAGACUGUAUAGAUCAAGCUGUGGUUGAAAAUUUGGCGGUUAUUUUUCGUACCUUUGCUGCAGAGUAUUUAGAAUUGGAUCCCUUACCUCACAAUGAACUAUAA